AGGCCGCUUUAAGAAAGGAGUAGCUGUAAUCUGAAGCCUGCUGGACGCUGGAUUAGAAGGCAGCAAAAAAAGCUCUUGUGCUGGCUGGAGCCCCCUCAGUGUGCAGGCUUGGCGGGACUAGGCUGGGUGUGGAGCUGCAGCGUAUCCACAGGCCCCGGGAUGCAGGCCCUGGUGCUAUUCCUCUGCUUUGCAGCUCUCCUCGGGCACAGCAGCUGCCAGAGCCUCGCCAGUGGCCCGGAGGAGGGCUCCCCAGACCCCGACAGCACAGGAGCGCUGGUGGAGGAGGAGGAUCCUUUCUUCAAAGUCCCGGUGAACAAGCUGGCAGCGGCUGUCUCCAACUUCGGCUAUGACCUGUACCGGGUUCGGUCCAGCAUGAGCCCCACGACCAACGUGCUCCUGUCUCCUCUCAGUGUGGCCACAGCCCUCUCGGCCCUCUCGCUGGGUGAGUGCUCAGAGGCAGGAAGCCCCAGGCAGACCUGGAGAGGGCCCCUGUGGCCUCUGGAACCUCUGCUCCGCCUCUUCUCAGAGCUGCGCAUAAAAUCCAGCUUUGUGGCACCCCUGGAAAAGUCAUAUGGGACCAGGCCCAGAGUCCUGACGGGCAACCCUCGCUUAGACCUGCAGGAGAUCAACAACUGGGUGCAGGCCCAGAUGAAAGGGAAGCUUGCCAGGUCCACAAAGGAACUGCCCGAUGAGAUCAGUAUUCUCCUUCUCGGUGUGGCGUACUUCAAGGGGCAGUGGGUAACAAAGUUUGACCCCAGAAAGACUUCCCUCGAGGAUUUCCACUUGGAUGAAGAGAGGACCGUCAGGGUCCCCAUGAUGUCAGACCCUAAGGCUAUUUUACGCUAUGGCUUGGAUUCGGAUCUCAGCUGCAAGAUUGCCCAGCUGCCUUUGACCGGAAGCAUGAGUAUCAUCUUCUUCCUGCCCCUCAAAGUGACCCAGAAUUUGACCCUGAUAGAGGAGAGCCUCACCUCCGAGUUCAUUCACGACAUAGACCGGGAACUGAAGACGGUGCAGGCGGUCCUGACCCUCCCCAAGCUGAAGCUGAGUUACGAAGGCGAAGUCACCAAGUCCCUGCAGGAGAUGAAGCUGCAGUCUUUGUUUGAUUCACCAGACUUUAGCAAGAUCACAGGCAAACCCAUCAAGCUGACUCAAGUGGAACACCGGGCCGGCUUCGAGUGGAACGAGGACGGGGCGGGAGCCACCCCCAGCCCGGGGCUGCAGCCUGCCCACCUCACCUUCCUGCUGGACUAUCACCUUAACCAGCCUUUCAUCUUCGUCCUGAGGGACACGGACACAGGGGCCCUUCUCUUCAUUGGCAAGAUUCUGGACCCCAGAGGCACCUAAUACCCCAGUUUAACAUUCCAGUGCCCUAGAAGGGAACCCCAGAGGGACAGCAGAUUCCACAGGACACAAAGCUGCCCCCGUAAGGUUUCAAUGCAUACAAUAAAAGAGCUUUAUCCUUAA